UUUCCAUCCAGGAAGAGUUGGAGUUCCUCUGCAACCCCUCUCAGGCAGCAGGAUGGAGAAGUCCAGGAAGAUCUUUGCCAGUGUCCUGCUGGUGGUGCUGUCCGUGGGGAUUUGCUUGGCUCAGCACUGGUCCUUUGGGCUGCAGCCAGGAGGGAAGAGGAGCACUGAGGACCUGGUGGGCUCAUUCCAAGAGAUGGCAAAGGAAAUGGAGAAAUUAGGGGAGGUGCAGCACUCUGAGUGCCCUGGAUCAUCCCAGCAUUCCAGGCUCAGGGAUCUGGAGGAAGCCAUGGAAAACCUGCUCGAAGGGGAAGGAAGAAGAAAGAUUUAAACCCCAGUGGAUUAACAGAGCCCAAAUAAGGUCUCAGAGCUGUGGCAAAAUCGGCUCCUCUUCACAUCGUCUUUGCUUUUUGGGUCAUGAUGUGAAUA